UCACAUCUCUCUGGGCCCCCAGGCUCUGCUGCUGCAGACCCCACCUGGGCGAUGUCAUCCUCAGAUGAAGAAACGCUCAGUGAGCGGUCAUGCCGGAGUGAGCGGUCAUGUCGGAGUGAGCGGUCUUACAGGAGCGAGCGGUCAGGGAGCCUGUCUCCCUGUCCCCCAGGGGACACCUUACCCUGGAACCUGCCACUGCAUGAGCAGAAAAAGCGGAAAAGCCAGGAUUCUGUGCUGGACCCUGCAGAGCGUGCUGUGGUCAGAGUUGCUGAUGAACGGGACCGCGUUCAGAAGAAAACAUUCACCAAGUGGGUCAACAAGCACCUGAUGAAGGUCCGCAAGCACAUCAAUGAUCUUUAUGAAGAUCUGCGGGAUGGCCAUAACCUGAUCUCUCUGCUGGAGGUCCUCUCGGGCAUCAAACUGCCCCGGGAGAAGGGGAGGAUGCGUUUCCACAGGCUGCAGAACGUGCAGAUUGCCCUGGACUUCCUAAAGCAGCGACAGGUGAAACUAGUGAAUAUUCGCAACGAUGACAUCACAGAUGGCAACCCUAAACUGACCCUGGGCCUGAUCUGGACCAUUAUUUUGCACUUCCAGAUCUCCGACAUCUACAUUAGUGGAGAGUCAGGAGACAUGUCAGCCAAGGAGAAGCUGCUCCUAUGGACCCAAAAGGUGACAGCUGGCUACACAGGAAUCAAAUGCACCAACUUUUCCUCCUGCUGGAGUGAUGGGAAGAUGUUCAAUGCGCUUAUUCACCGAUACAGACCUGAUCUGGUAGAUAUGGAGAGGGUACAAAUCCAAAGUAACCGAGAGAACCUGGAACAAGCUUUCGAAGUGGCAGAGAGACUGGGGGUCACCCGGCUACUGGAUGCAGAAGAUGUGGAUGUGCCAUCUCCAGAUGAAAAGUCUGUAAUCACUUAUGUAUCUUCGAUUUAUGAUGCCUUCCCUAAAGUCCCCGAGGGUGGAGAAGGGAUCAAUGCCACGGAAGUAGACGCCAGGUGGCAAGAAUACCAAAGCCGAGUGGACUCCCUCAUUCCCUGGAUCAAACAGCAUACAAUCCUGAUGUCAGAUAAAACUUUCCCCCAGAACCCUGUUGAACUAAAGGCACUUUAUAACCAGUACAUACACUUCAAAGAAACAGAAAUUCUGGCCAAGGAGAGAGAAAAAGGAAGAAUUGAGGAAUUAUAUAAAUUAUUAGAGGUGUGGAUUGAAUUUGGCCGAAUUAAACUGCCUCAAGGUUAUCACCCUAACGAUGUAGAAGAAGAGUGGGGAAAGCUCAUCAUUGAAAUGCUGGAGCGAGAGAAAUCCCUUCGACCAGCUGUAGAGAGGCUGGAAUUGCUGCUACAGAUUGCAAACAAAAUCCAGAACGGUGCUUUGAACUGUGAAGAAAAACUGACACUAGCUAAGAAUACACUGCAGGCUGACGCUGCUCACCUGGAAUCAGGACAACCAGUGCAGUGCGAGGCAGAUGUCAUCAUGUACAUUCAGGAAUGCGAAGGUCUUAUCAGGCAGCUGCAGGUGGAUCUCCAGAUCCUACGGGAUGAGAAUUAUUACCAGCUAGAAGAGCUGGCUUUUAGGGUUAUGCGUCUGCAGGAUGAGCUGGUCACCUUGCGUCUCGAGUGCACAAACUUGUAUCGGAAGGGCCACUUCACUUCACUGGAAUUGGUUCCACCCUCUACUUUAACCACUACUCAUCUGACGGCAGAACCUUUGACCAAGGGAACCCAUUCUUCUUCUACCUCCUGGUUCCGAAAGCCCAUGACUCGGGCUGAGCUUGUGUCUAUCUCCUCCUCUGAAGAUGAAGGCAGUCUCCGCUUUGUGUAUGAACUGCUGUCUUGGGUAGAAGAAAUGCAGAUGAAACUGGAGCGAGCAGAGUGGGGCAAUGACCUGCCUAGUGUGGAGUUGCAGCUGGAAACACAGCAGCACAUUCACACCAGUGUAGAAGAACUGGGCUCAAGUGUCAAAGAGGCGAGGUUGUAUGAGGGAAAAAUGUCCCAGAAUUUUCAUACUAGUUAUGUUGAAACUCUUGGCAAGCUGGAGACACAGUAUUGUAAAUUGAAGGAAACGUCUAACUUUCGGAUGAGGCACCUUCAGAGCCUGCAUACAUUUGUCUCCAGAGCUACAGCUGAGUUGAUUUGGUUGAAUGAGAAGGAGGAGGAGGAACUAGCAUAUGAUUGGAGUGACAACAAUCCCAAUAUCUCAGCCAAGAGAAAUUACUUCUCUGAGUUGACAAUGGAACUGGAGGAGAAACAGGAUGUGUUUCGGUCUCUACAAGAUACAGCGGAGCUGCUGUCACUGGAGAACCAUCCCGCCAAGCAGACUGUGGAGGCUUACAGUGCCGCUGUCCAGUCCCAGCUGCAGUGGAUGAGGCAGCUGUGCCUGUGUGUUGAGCAGCAUGUGAAAGAGAAUACGGCUUACUUUCAGUUCUUCAGUGAUGCACGAGACCUAGAGUCAUUCUUGAGGAACCUCCAAGACUCCAUCAAACGAAAAUAUUCCUGUGACCACAACACCAGUUUAUCCCGCCUUGAGGACCUGCUCCAGGACUCCAUGGAUGAAAAGGAACAGCUUAUACAGUCCAAGAGUUCCGUUGCUAGUCUUGUUGGGAGAUCAAAAACCAUUGUUCAGCUAAAGCCACGCAGUCCCGACCACGUGCUAAAGAGCACCAUUUCUGUGAAGGCCAUCUGUGACUAUCGGCAGAUUGAGAUCACUAUUUGCAAAAAUGACGAAUGUGUGUUGGAAGAUAAUUCACAGAGGACCAAGUGGAAAGUGAUCAGCCCCACAGGGAAUGAGGCGAUGGUGCCAUCAGUCUGCUUCCUCGUCCCCCCACCCAAUAAGGAUGCCACUGAGAUGGCCAGCAGAGUGGAGCAGUCUUAUCAAAAGGUGAUGGCCCUUUGGCAUCAGCUACACAUUAACACCAAAAGCCUUAUCUCCUGGAACUAUCUGAGGAAGGACCUUGACCUUGUAAAGACCUGGAAUCUAGAAAAGCUUCGAUCAUCAGCACCAGGGGAGUGCCAGCAGGUCAUGAAGAACCUCCAGGCCCACUAUGCAGACUUCCUGCAGGACAGCCGUGACUCGAUGCUCUUUUCAGUGGCUGAUGGUCUGCGCCUGGAGGAAGAGGUGGAGGCUUGUAAAACCCACUUCCAGCACCUGAUGAAAUCCAUUGAGAAUGAGGACAAAGAGGAAACUGUGGCCAAGAUGUACAUUUCAGAGCUGAAGAAUAUCCGGCUGCGCCUGGAGGAGUGUGAACAGAGGCUAGUCAAACGAAUCCAGACCCCAGCCAGCUCUAGGACUGACAAAGAUGCCCGGCAGGACAAUGCAUUAAGGAUCGCAGAGCAAGAGCGUACCCAGGAGGAUUUGCAGCAGCUAAGGUCAGACUUGGACGCUGUUUCCAUGAAAUGCAACAGUUUUCUCCAUCAGACCCCCUCUGGUUCGAGUGUCCCAACUCUGCGCUCAGAACUUAAUCUGCUGGUGGAGAAAAUGGAUCACGUAUACGGUCUCUCCACCAUCUAUCUGAAUAAGCUCAAGACAAUUGAUGUUAUCAUGCGUAGCAUCCAGGAUGCUGAACUCUUGGUGAAAGGUUAUGAGAUCAAGCUGAGUCAAGAAGAAGCAGUGCCAGCAGAUCUCUCAGUUCUCGAGUCCCAUCGCUCUACACUACGGCACUGGCUUCGUGAUGUGAAGGACAAGAAUUUGGUGUUUUCAGUCCUGGAUGAGGAAAUUGCCAAGGCCAAGGUGGUAGCAGAGCAGCUGAGUAGUCUGACCCCAGAGCGAAACCUGGAUUUGGAACGCUACCAGGAAAAAGGCGCCCAGCUGCAGGAGCGUUGGCAUCGCGUCACUGCCCAGCUUGAGACCCGCCAAUCUGAGCUAGAAAGUAUCCAGGAAGUUCUGGGAGAUUACCGAGCCUGCCAUGGAACUCUCAUCAGAUGGAUUGAGGAAACCACUGCCCAGCAGGAAAUGAUGAAGCCAGGCCAGGCAGAGGAUAGCAGAGUGCUAUCGGAGCAGCUCAGCCAGCAAACGGAUCUGUUUGCAGAAAUUGAGAGAAAUCAGACAAAACUGGACCAGUGUCAAAAAUUUUCCCAGCAAUACUCUACUAUUGUAAAGGACUAUGAAUUGCAACUGAUGACAUACAAGGCCUUUGUGGAAUCACAGCAGAAGUCCCCUGGCAAGCGCCGGCGCAUGCUUUCCUCUUCAGAUGCCAUCACGCAAGAGUUCAUGGACUUACGGACUCGCUACACAGCAUUGGUGACCUUAACAACUCAGCACGUAAAAUAUAUCAGUGAUGCUCUCCGGCGGCUGGAGGAGGAGGAGAAAGUGGUAGAAGAGGAAAAACAGGAACAUGUGGAGAAGGUUAAAGAACUUUUGGGCUGGGUGUCUACCUUAGCAAGGAAUACACAAAGCAAAGCUACCUCAUCCCAGACCAAAGAAUCCACAGACAUUGAAAAAGCUAUUUUAGAACAGCAGGUUCUGACAGAGGAACUAACAACCAAGAGGGAACAAGUUUCUGAGGCCAUUAAAACGUCACAGAUCUUCUUAGCCAAACAUGGUCAUAAGCUCUCAGAAAAAGAGAAGGAACAGAUAGCUGAACAAUUGAAUGCCCUGAAUAAGGCUUACCAUGACCUUUGUGAUGGCUCGGCAAACCAGCUUCACCAACUUCAGAGCCAGUUGGCCCAGCAGACAGAACAAAAGGGUUGCAGAGCAGUUGCUGGGGUGAUUGACCUAGGCACAGUGGAGAUAUUCCCCAUCUUCAGAGCCAUGCAAAAGGGCCUCAUUGACCAAGACACAGGCCUUGUGCUCCUGGAAUCCCAGCUUAUUCUGUCUGGCCUCAUUGCCCCUGAGACCAGUGAAAAGCUCUCUUUGGAGGAGGGCCUAGCCAGAAACCUCAUUAAUCCCCAGAUAUACCAGCAGCUCCAGGAGCUCCAGGCUACUCUGUCCUUAAUAAGCAGGCUUACCGAGAGCAAAGGCCCUCGGUCUGUAGUGGAAGCAAUUGAGAAGAAAAUAAUCAGUGAGAGAAUUGGACUGAAAAUUUUAGAAGCUCACCUGGCCACUGGAGGUUUCAGUCUCCCCCCUGAUGAGAAUUGUAUUAACCUAGAGGAGGCUUUUCACCAAGGCCUCAUUUCUAAACGGCUUCAUUCAGUGUUAGAGUCUCACCUUAGAUCGUCCAAGAAUUUGAUAGACCCCAACACAGCUGAGAAAAUCAGUUUACUGGAUCUGAUGCAGAGAUGUGUUGUCCACCAAGAAUUAGGUUUGAAAUUGCUACCCGUCAAGCAACUGGCAGGAGGAAUGGUGAGCUUGAAAUCAGGCCGGAAGGUUAGCAUUUUCCGUGCGGUUCAGGAAGGGCUAAUAGAUAGGCAGGUCACUGUCCGGCUGCUGGAAGCUCAGCUUUUUGCUGGUGGCAUAGUAGAUCCCAGAACAGGACACAGACUUACAGUGGAAGAGGCUGUAAGAUAUAAUUUGAUCGACCAAGAUAUGGCUUGUGCUAUUCUCAUAAGGCAGCUUCAGACAGGAGGCAUCAUAGACACUGUCACUGGACAUAGGCUGACAGUAGACGAAGCAGUGAGCAGGGAUCUAGUAGCUGCUAAGAUUGCCCUUGUGAUUCUGGAGUCCCUUUGGUCAUUUAUGGGCUUGCUAUGGCCUGAAUCUGGAGAGAUCCUCCCCAUUACCGAUGCCCUGGAACAAGGUAUUGUGUCUACUGAACUAGCUCAUAAAAUCCUUAGUGGCCGACAGCAUAUUAAAGCGCUGUUUCUACCAGCAACCACAGAGAUUUGGUCCUGGGAAAAAGCAAUAGAAAAUGGUGUGUUGGACAAAGAUCUUGCCAGCAACUUAAAAUCAAUUUGCAUACCUGAUGUGAUGCCCCACAUGCAAUUAGCAGAUUCUUCAGAACAAAGCAAAUUGAACAUUAACCCUGGGGCAUCAGGCCUGUCAUCCAGCAAGGGCCAAACUGAGGGCAUGGCAAGCCAUAGCGAGAAGCUGUUGUUUCAGCUCGUGACUCAUAGCUAUAUUAAUGUGCGGAAUGGAGAGAGGCUGCUCCUGCUAGACAAUGAGCUGAUAGAGAUGCUAACAGCAAGAGGUGAACACCACACAAGUCCUCCAGAAGUGUUUGGAAUUGGGCACGAGAGACUAGAAACUCCCGAGGAAUUACAAGCCUCAGUCAAUGUGGAAACCACAGAAACUUUCUGUGAGGGGCUGACUGGGAGACCACGUGUGUUCCAGUUUUCUUCUCAGAACAAAGAAUAUCCUGAUCAGACAAAUUUCACUGAAGCAAAAGGCAAAAAAAUCAUUAUAGAAACAGAAGUUUCCUCUGUAGAGAACCCUGAAAAGGACCUAUUUGUAGGGGAACAAACAGUGGAAAAUCCAAAUGUUGAUCCUUUGAAGAUCAGAGGUAAAAUCAAAUCAGAGUUUAAACAGCAGUUGUCAGGUACCAAAAAGGAAGGCCUAGUAGAUGUAUCUACAAGAGAAAAUGUCAGCAGAGGAUUUCUCCUUACGGUACCCUCCAGGGAAGAAGAACAUGUGACGUUGGUGGUGGAAAAAGACUCUUGUUCUGUUGAAACACUCAAGGAAGAAUGGGAGACUUUUGGAAAGACUGCCUUUAUGUGUCAGAAAGAAAAAGCAAACACACUUGAACUUCAUCAUGUUCCAGGUGAAACUGGAAGACUUCCCAUAAAACCCCAAAGCAAAAAGUCACAAUUUCAGGUAGACAAAACUCUAGAUUUAGAAGUGGAACUAAAGUCUGAAAGUGACAUGAAUAUUCAUUCUCUGGAUGAAAAGAAAGCACUAAAUAAAACAUUUUUAGGUAAGGAUGACCACAAAGGACAAAACAUUGCAGAUGGUGGUGUGGUGAUGUUAGGAAAGACAGAUGAGGAAGAUAAUGGCAGUGAAACUUCCCUAUCAUAUAGUCAUCCUUCAGAAUUGCUUGAAGAAGCUACCUUAAAUAUAUUAUCUGCACAAUUACUCGAUGGUGGCAUCUUUCAUGAACAGACAGGUCAAAAGCUCUUACUGAAUGAAGCAAUAGCCCAAGGCAUUGUGCCCAGUCACACUGCUGUGAAACUCAUGGGAAAACUGAACAUGUUUCGGGGCUUCUUUGACUCGCAGACCUGCGAGUCUUUGACAACUGAAGAAGUCAUCGAUGAAGGUCUGAUGGAUGAGAAAUUAUUACAUAACGUCCUCAUGGCAGAAAAAGCUAUAAGUGGUGUCUUAGACCCCCGUACACACACACUCUGCUCUGUGAAGGAAGCAGUUGAAGUUGGGAUUCUCGACACACAAACAGCCACCAGAAUUUUAGAGGGGCAGGUGGUGACUGGUGGAAUCGUUGACCUGAAACGAGGCAAAAAGGUUUCAGUGACUCUGGCCUCAAAUCUUGGCUUGGUGGACAGUGCUGACCAGUUAGAACUUAUAAAUCUGGAGAAAGCUUCCAAAGGCAGAGAUGCUGAAAGAACAGUUAGGGAGAGGUUAAUUAGCUUACAAAUGGAAACAACUGGAAUUAUGGACCCUGAUAGCAAGGUCCCUUUAACAGUUACGCAGUCCAUUGACAGAGGAUUUCUGGGAAGGGAGGAGGCUCUUCAGUUGUUGACUAAGCAGGUGGUAGAUGGAGGUAUCAUUCACCAUAUAUCUGGGAUGAGACUUUCUGUUGAUAAUGCCUUGAAACAUGGCAUCAUUGAUGAAGAUUUAGCCAAGCAACUCAAAAAAGUUGAGAACUUAAGCCUCCGUCAGUUUUUUCAUCCUAAAACAAAGAAAACUGUUUCCCUCCCUGAAGCUAUAAAAUUAGAUCUUGUUACCCCAGACUUGAAAAGAGAAAUCCAAGAAAUCCAGGCCUUGACUGGAAGCUUUGUGGAUCUAAUGUCCUGCCAAAGAUUGACCUUGGCAGAAGCUGAAAAAGAAGAGCUGUUAACUAAUAAAGCAAUAUUGUCUUCAGGAAUGAUGCAUGGGAUUGUAGAUCCUGAGAAUUACAGAAUUGUUCCCUACUCAGAAUUAGUAAAGAAGUGUAAGAUUGAUAUUGAAUCUGGACAGAGAUAUCUAGAAGUAAUUCCCUUCUCAGACAUUAAAGAUGGAAUGAGUGGCAAAGUACUGACGUUGUCUCAAGCAACUCAGCUUGGAAAGGUAGACUUCGCAUCUACACUGAAGGUUCUGGAAGCUCAAGCAAAUACAGGGGGAAUCAUAGACAGUGCCACAGGACAGACACUGACAUUGGCAUCAGCUUUGGAACAGAAAUUAGUGGAUGAAAACAUGGUCAGAAUUAUUGCAUCUCAUCAGGUAUUAAAUGGAGGAAUUGUUGACAUAUUUAAUGAUCGAAGAGUGACUCUAAAGGAAGCUAUUGAGAAAAGAUUUAUUAGUCCUGAACUGGCAACUUUGAUCCAAAUAGAUACUUUAGAUUCCAGUGAUCACGGGGCUCAGAUUGAAAAGCAAGAUGGAAUUGAAGUAUGUGAAUUAAAGAAGGAAGUUCUAAGAAAGGAAAUUUUAAUUGCUUGUAAUCAGACUGAUGAAAUGAGUUGUGGUCAAGGAGAACGUGAGAAAUUAUUUCAAAUUGGAAGUAAGUUGGCACGAGAGAAUGUUAAAGCAGGAGUUUCUGAUGGGGAGCGGACAGAAAAGAACAGGAAAUUUUCAUUAAAGGAAUUGGAGUAUAAAGAUCAAGAUAAGAGGAGGGCUUCUCCAGAUGCUAAAGAUUGUGAAGGUAAAUCAUUGGGCCAAGAUUCAGUGACAUACCCUCACUCAGAAGUUUGUGAUUUUAAACUCAGAGAGGUGGCUAGUAAUAACAUGGAAAAAGAUACAAAUGAAGAGCAGAAAAAAAUAGUGCCAGAAAUAGAAAUUAUUUCUCAUACGAGACAGUCUGCAUCAGAUUUAGAUCCUAAGGAAAUAAGGGAAAACCAAGGAGAAAUUAGUUCAGAAGCACAAGAAUCCAAUUGUGAAAUUUCAGGCAGAUUGCUAAGUGAGCAGGUUGUGCAGAAACCAGUGAAUACCAGGGAGAAGAGGAAGAGAGAGAAGAAGAAGGUGACUGUAAAAGAAAGUAUCAAAACAUGCAAAUCAGCAAUUCUUUCAGAAGAACAGUUGAACCAAGAAACUGCCAUUAGAGAUGACCAUGACUCCAGUACAAAGAGUCAACCAAUAGAAAUAACUGUAAGUGAAAAAGAGAAUGAAGCUGAUAGAGAGCUGGCGUUUUCUGUUCUUUGUAAAGCUGAAGACUCUUCUACCCCAGUGACACCCAAAGGAAUUUCUAUAAGAAAUCAAGAUGCUUUAAUAUUUUUCAACUCUAAUCAGGUCAGUGAAGAAGUAAAAAAUUUAAGCCUCUGCUUGACUUUAAAACCAGAAGAAAAUUUAUCUCAAGAAAUUACUGGUGGGGCCCAGAGUGAACCAUUUUCUUCUAUGACCCCAAGCCCUAAAGGAUUGCACUACCAGGAAUCAGUUGGAAAAGCCCAAGUUGCAGACACUUCCCGAAUUUCCAAAACAGACAAGUCUUUCCAAGGAACCACCAGACAGGAGACCAACUAUUAUAAAGAUUCCUGUGUUACUUCUAAAACUAAGGAAACCAAAGAUCUGAUUUGCUCAUCUAAUGAAUAUAAAGAAAAAUCAUACCAAGAAGUAGUACCUUUUGACUCAAGAAAAUCUCUUAAAUUGGAAGAAAUUACAAUUUCUAGAGUAGACCCAAAAGAAGUCAGUGAUGUGGAAUUCUCAGAGAGAAAGGACCUUCAUCAUCAGGACAGCAAAAGUGAUAGUGAACUUUGUGGAAUUCUUGAAUCUAAAAUAGUAACAACUCAGGAAAUAAGUGGAGAGAAAUUUCUGAAAAUGUCAGAACCUAUGCUUACAGGGGCAGAAGCAGGGUCCUUUGAAGGCCUGGUGACUCAGGGAGCUCCCAGAGUCUUGGCGUCCCUUGUUCCAGAGAAAUUGUUCAAGGAUGCGUCUCUAAAAGAGAGUACAGGGCAACAGGAUGCCACCAUUAGUCCCACUAUUGCAGAGGCCAGUGAGGAAAAGCCAGUGCCCCUCAUACACCCUACAAUAAAGGAGGAGGAGAAGACACCACAAGAAAAGCUCAGAGAAAGCCCUGGUAGCGAACAAACUCCCUGCGUGACAGCACCCAGGGGAAAGGAAAACGGUGGUGUAAACCUGGAGCCCUUCAGAGCAACCAAGAAUGUAUUUAAUCGGCGACUCUGUCUAGAACAUGAUGAGAAGCUGGUAUCCUAUCUGUCUCUAUUACGAGACAUUGAAAUGAGGACCAAACAGAUUCAGCCUCUGGAGCACAGCCUAUCAGAGCUGCAGGAUCUGCUGUGUCAGGCCAAGGUUUUAGACAAGGAGCUGAAGGAUCUGUCUACCUUGGUGAGUCAGGAAUUGGAGUGUGUGAAUCAGAUUAUCACCAACCAGCCUCAAGAAGUCCCUGCUCAACUGCUGAAGGCUCUAGAGAAAGAUGCCAAGAAUCUUCAGAAGUCCCUCAGCUCCGUGAGUGACACCUGGAGUUCCAGACUGCUCCACUUCCAAAAUGCUGUGGAAGUCGAAAAGACUAGAGUAUUAAAUCAGCAGCAACAGCUAGAAGGCAAACUUCAGGAUCUGAGAGCCUGGAUUGGCAAUACCAAUCUUAUUCUGAGUGGCAGGGAAUCUACUAGUGAAACAGAUGCCAACAGCCUGAACCAGUGUCUGCAACAGUAUGAGGAUUUGAAACAGCCUAUGGCUGAAAGGAAAUCUCAGCUGGAUGCUCUUGCCUUUGAUAUUCAGUUCUUUGUCUCCGAGCAUGCCCAGGACUUGUCCCCUGAGCAAAACCAACAGAUGCUGAGGGUCCUGAAUGAAGUGCAGAGGUCCUUCCAGGACCUUGUGGAGCAGACUGCAGCUCAGACGAAGGCUUUGCAGGGCCAUCUUCAACAAAUGGAGCAGGCAGCCCAGGUCAAGACCCUGCAGAAACAACAAAAUACUUGUCACCAGAAACUAGAGGACCUUUGCAGCUGGGUAGAACAGGCGGAAAGAGCAUUGGUGGGCCACCAAGGUAGAGCCACCCAGCAGGAUCUCUCUGCUUUGCAGAAGAACCAAAGUGACUUGAAGGAUUUACAGGACGAGAUUCAGAGUCAUGCCACCUCAUUCACCAGUGUUAUCAAAGACAUUGAAGGGUUCCUGGAAGAGAACCAGACCAAGCUGAGCCCCCAUGAGCUCACAGCUCUUCGGAAAAAACUUCGUCAGGCUAAGGAGCAAUAUGAGGCUCUCCAGGAACGGACACGGGUGGCCCAGAAGGAGCUGCAGGAAGUAGUGACCUCAGCCUUACAGCUGGAGACUGAAAAGAGUAAAGCAGCAAAGGAACUGGCAGAGAACAGGAGUAAGAUCGAUGCUCUCUUGGAUUGGGUGACUUCAGUGCGAUCAUCUGGUGAGCAGCUGUCAGGAGCUAGCCUGCAGAAAGGAGCCUUGGAUACCACUGAUGGUCACAUGGGGGUGAACCAAGCCUCUGAGAAACUGGACAAGCAAUGUGAGAAGAUGAAGACCCGUCAUCAGGAAUUGCUGUCUCAGCAGCAAAAUUUCAUCCUGGCCACCCAGUCAGCCCAGGCCUUCCUGGACCAGCAUGGCCACAAUCUCACACCUGAGGAACGACAGAUGCUGCAAGAGAAGCUAGGAGAGCUGAAGGAACAGUACGCGACUUCCCUGGCCCAGUCAGAGGCAGAGCUGAAGCAGGCGCAGACACUACGGGAUGAGCUGCAGAAGUUUCUGCAGGAUCAUAGAGAGUUUGAAAACUGGCUGGAACGGUCUGAGAAAGAGCUGGAGAACAUGCAUAAGGGGGGCAGCAGCCCCGAAGCCCUUCCCUCCCUGCUAAAGCGGCAGGGAAGCUUCUCAGAGGACGUAAUUUCCCACAAAGGAGACUUGAGGUUUGUGACUAUCUCAGGACAGAAAGUGUUGGACACCGAAAACAGCUUUGAGGAAGGCAGAGAACCAUCAGCAACUGGGACGUUAGUGAAGGACAAGCUGAAGGAUGCAACGGAGAGAUACACUGCUCUCCAUUCAAAGUGUACACGAUUGGGCUCUCACCUGAACAUGCUGCUAGGCCAGUAUCAACAGUUCCAGAGCAGCACCGACAGCCUACAGGCCUGGAUGCAGGCUUGUGAGGCCAAGGUGAAGAAGCUCCUCUCAGAUACGGUUGCCUCUGACCCCGGGGUCCUGCAACAGCAGCUUGCAACAACAAAGCAGUUGCAGGAAGAAUUGGCUGAGCACCAAGUACCUGUAGAAAAACUCCAAAAAGUGGUUCAUGACCUCAUGGAAAUUGAAGGAGAACCAGCCCCAGACCGCAAGCAUGUUCAAGAAACUACAGAUUCCAUACUUAGCCAUUUCCAAAGCCUCUCCUGUAGACUGGCUGAGCGCUCUGCUCUGCUGCAGAAGGCAAUUGCCCAAUCUCAGAGUGUCCAGGAAAGCUUGGAGAGCUUGUUGCAGUCCAUCAAGGAAGUUGAAAAAAACCUGGAAGAGGAGCAGGUGGCAUCGCUGUCAUCGGGCGUGAUCCAAGAAGCCCUGGCCACUAACAUGAAACUAAAGCAGGACAUCGCUCUGCAGAAGAGCAGCUUGGAGGCCACCCGUGAGAUGGUGACCCGAUUCAUGGAGACAGCAGACAGCAGCACAGCAGCAGUGCUGCAGGGCAAACUGGCAGAGGUGAGCCAGCGCUUCCAACAGCUCUGUCUACAGCAGCAGGAGAAGGAGAGCUCUCUAAAGAAGCUGCUGCCCCAGGCAGAGAUGUUCGAACAUCUCUCUGAUAAGCUGCAGCAGUUCAUGGAAAACAAAAGCCGGAUGCUGGCCUCUGGGAACCAGCCAGAUCAAGACAUUGCACAUUUCUUCCAGCAGAUCCAGGAGCUCAAUCUGGAAAUGCAAGACCAACAGGAGAACCUUGAUACUCUUGAGCAUCUGGUCACUGAACUGAGCUCCUAUGGCUUUGCACUGGACCUGUCCCAGCACCAAGACAGGGUACAGAACCUCAAAAAGGACUUCACAGAGUUACAGAAGACAGUGAAAGAAAGAGAGGAAGAUGCGUCAUCUUGCCAGGAACAACUGGAUGAAUUCCGGAAGCUGGUUAGGACCUUCCAAAAAUGGCUGAAAGAAACUGAAGGGAGUGCUCCACCUGCAGGGACUUUUACGAGUACUGAAGAGCUGGAAAAGCAGAUUGAACACCUGAAGGGUCUCCUAGAUGACUGGGCAAGUAAGGGAACUUUGGUAGAAGAAAUCAAUUGCAAAGGCACUUCUUUAGAAAAUCUCAUCAUGGAGAUCACAGCGCCUGAUUCCCAAGCCAAAACAGGUUCCAUACUGCCCUCUGUAGGAAGCUCUGUAGGCAGUGUAAACGGAUACCACACCUGCAAAGAUCUGACGGAGAUCCAAUGUGACAUGUCAGAUGUAAACUUGAAAUAUGAGAAACAUGGGGGAGUACUUCAGGAUCACCAGGAAAACCUUCAGGCUGUCCUCAGCAGAAUGCAGGAAGUUCAGAAGGAGGCAAGCUCAGUGCUACAGUGGCUGGAAUCGAAAGAGGAAGUCCUAAAAGGCAUGGAUGCCUCCUCGUCUCCAACUAAGACAGAAACAGUGAGAGCACAAGCUGAGUCUAACAAGGCAUUCCUGGCUGAAUUGGAACAGAAUUCUCCAAAAAUCCAAAAAGUAAAGGAAGACCUGGCUGGAUUGCUGAUAACAUAUCCCAACUCACAGGAAGCAGAAAACUGGAAGAAAAUGCAGGAGGAGCUCAAUUCCCGAUGGGAAAGGGCCACGGAGGUGACAAUGGCUCGGCAAAGACAGCUAGAGGAAUCUGCAAGUCAUCUGGCGUGCUUCCAGGCUGCAGAAUCCCAGCUCCGGCCCUGGCUGAUGGAGAAGGAGCUGAUGAUGGGAGUGCUGGGGCCCCUGUCUAUUGAUCCCAAUAUGCUGAAUGCACAAAAGCAGCAGGUCCAGUUUAUGCUGAAGGAAUUUGAAGCACGGAGGCAACAGCAUGAGCAGCUGAACGAGGCGGCUCAGGGCAUCCUAACAGGCCAUGGAGAUGUCUCUCCAUCCACCAGCCAAGUACAAAAAGAACUCCAGAGCAUCAAUCAGAAGUGGAUUGAGCUGACAGACAAACUCAAUUCCCGUUCCAGCCAAAUUGACCAAGCUAUUAUCAAGAGCACCCAGUACCAGGAACUGCUCCAGGACUUAUCUGAGAAGGUGAAGGCGGUUGGACAGCGACUGAGUGGCCAGUCGACCAUGAGCACCCAACCUGAAGCCGUGAAGCAGCAAUUGGAGGAGACCAGUGAGAUUCGAUCUGACGUGGAGCAAUUAGACCAGGAGAUUAAGGAGGCACAGACACUCUGCGAUGAACUCUCAGUGCUCAUUGGUGAGCAGUACCUCAAGGAUGAGCUGAAGAAGCGUUUGGAGACCAUUGCUGUGCCUCUCCAAGGUUUAGAAGACCUUGCAGCUGAUCGCAUGAACAGACUCCAGGCAGCUCUUGCCAGCACCCAGCAGUUCCAGCAAAUGUUCGAUGAGCUUAGAACCUGGUUGGAUGACAAACAAAGCCAGCAAGCAAAAAACUGCCCAAUUUCUGCAAAAUUGGAACGGCUACAGUCUCAGCUACAGGAGAAUGAAGAGUUUCAGAAGAGCCUGAACCAACACAGUGGCUCCUAUGAGGUGAUUGUGGCUGAAGGAGAAUCCCUGCUUCUUUCUGUACCUCCUGGAGAAGAGAAAAAGACUUUACAAAACCAGUUGGUUGAGCUCAAGAGCCAUUGGGAAGAGCUUAGUAAAAAAACUGCAGACAGACAGUCCAGGCUCAAGGACUGUUUGCAGAAAGCUCAGAAAUAUCAGUGGCAUGUGGGAGACCUCAUGCCGUGGAUAGAAGAUUGUAAGGCCAAGAUGUCUGAUUUGCGGGUCACUCUGGAUCCAGUGCAGCUAGAGUCCAGUCUCCUGAGAGCAAAAGCUAUGCUGAGUGAGGUAGAAAAGCGCCGUGCCCUGCUGGAAAUAUUGAACAAUGCUGCUGACAUUCUGAUCAAUUCUUCAGAAACAGAUGAGGAUGAUAUCCGAGAUGAGAAGGCUGGGAUCAACCAGAACAUGGAUUCGGUUACAGAGGAGCUACAGGCCAAAGCAGGGUCACUUGAAGAAAUGACCCAGAGGCUCAAGGAGUUCCAGGAGAGCUUUAAGAAUAUUGAAAAGAAAGUGGAAGGGGCCAAACACCAACUUGAGAUCUUGGAUGCUCUCGGCUCUCAGGCUUGUAGCAACAAGAACCUGGAGAAGCUAAGAGCCCAACAGGAAGUGCUCCAGGCCCUGGAGCCUCAGGUGGACUAUCUGAGGAACUUCACUCGGGGCCUGGUAGAAGAUGCCCCAGAUGGAUCUGAUGCCUCCCAACUUCUACAUCAAGCUGAGGUGGCCCAGCAAGAGUUCCUCGAAGUGAAGCAAAGAGUGAACAGUGGUUGCAUGACGAUGGAAAACAAGCUGGAGGGGAUUGGCCAGUUUCACUGCCGAGUCCGAGAGAUGUUUUCUCAGUUGGCAGACCUGGACGAUGAGCUAGAUGGCAUGGGUGCUAUCGGCAGAGACACUGACAGUCUCCAGUCCCAAAUUGAGGAUGUACGGCUGUUCCUUAACAAAAUCCAAGCCCUCAAGUUAGACAUAGAGGCCUCUGAAGCCGAGUGCCGACACAUGCUGGAGGAAGAGGGCACUCUGGACUUGCUAGGUCUUAAGAGGGAGCUGGAAGCCCUAAACAAACAGUGUGGGAAACUGACAGAGAGGAGCAAAGCUCGGCAAGAGCAGCUGGAACUGACACUGGGCCGUGUGGAGGACUUCUACAGGACACUGAAAGUACUCAGUGACAUGACCACUGCGGCAGAAGAGGGAGAGGCCCUCCAGUGGGUAGUGGGGACCGAAGUGGAUAUCAUCAACCAACAACUAGCAGACUUUAAAAUGUUUCAGAAAGAACAGGUGGAUCCUCUUCAGAUGAAAUUACAGCAGGUGAAUGGACUUGGCCAGGGAUUGAUUCAGAGUGCUGGAAAAAACUGCGAUGUGCAGGGUUUGGAACAUGACAUGGACGAGAUCAAUGCUCGAUGGAACACACUGAAUAAAAAGGUUGCACAAAGAAUUGCACAACUCCAGGAGGCUUUGUUGCAUUGUGGGAAGUUUCAAGAUGCCUUGGAGCCGUUGCUCAGCUGGUUGGCAGACACUGAGGAGCUCAUAGCCAAUCAGAAACCUCCAUCUGCUGAGUAUAAAGUGGUGAAAGCACAGAUCCAGGAACAGAAGUUGCUCCAGCGGCUCCUGGAUGAUCGAAAGGCCACCGUGGACAUGCUUCAAGCAGAAGGAGGCAGAAUAGCCCAGUCAGCAGAACUGGCCGACAGAGAGAAAAUCACUGGACAAUUGGAGAGUCUUGAAAGUAGAUGGACUGGGCUACUCAGCAAGGCAGCAGCCAGGCAAAAACAGCUGGAAGAUAUCCUGGUUCUGGCCAAACAGUUCCAUGAGACAGCCGAGCCUAUUUCUGACUUCUUAUCUGUCACAGAGAAAAAGCUUGCUAACUCAGAACCUGUUGGCACUCAGACUGCCAAAAUUCAGCAGCAGAUCAUCCGGCACAAGGCUCUGGAGGAAGAAAUAGAAAGCCAUGCAACAGAUGUGCACCAGGCAGUCCAAAUUGGGCACUCCCUCUCCUCCCUGACAUGUUCUGCAGAGCAGGGUGUGCUGUCGGAAAAGCUAGACUCUUUGCAGGCCCGAUUCAGUGAGGUUCAAGACCGGUGCUGUCGGAAAGCAGCCCUGCUUGAACAAGCACUGUUCCACGCUAGGCUGUUCGGGGAGGAUGAGGUGGAGGUGCUCAACUGGCUUGCCGAGGUUGAGGACAAGCUCAGUUCAGUGUCCGUAAAGGAUUACAGACAGGAUGUCCUGCAGAAACAGCACGCUGACCACCUGGCUUUAAAUGAAGAAAUUGUUAAUAGAAAGAAGAAUGUAGAUCAAGCUAUUAAAAACGGUCAGGCUCUUCUAAAACAAACCACAGGUGAAGAGGUACUGCUUAUCCAAGAGAAACUGGAUGGAAUAAAGACUCGCUAUGCAGAUAUCACAGUCACUAGCUCCAAGGCCCUCAGAACUUUAGAGCAAGCCCGGCAGCUGGCCACCAAGUUCCAGUCUACUUACGAGGAGUUGACUGGAUGGCUGAGGGAGGUGGAGGACGAGCUGGCAGUCAGUGGGGGACAGUCUCCCACAGGGGAGCAGAUACCCCAGUUUCAGCAAAGACAGAAGGAAUUAAAGAAGGAGGUCAUGGAGCACAGGCUGGUGUUGGACACGGUGAAUGAGGUGAGCCGUGCGCUCUUGGAGCUGGUGCCCUGGAGAGCCAGGGAAGGGCUGGAUAAACUUGUGUCCGAUGCCAACGAGCAGUACAAGCUGGUCAGUGACACUGUUGGACAAAGGGUGGAUGAAAUUGAUGCUGCUAUUCAGAGAUCACAACAGUAUGAGCAAGCUGCUGAUGCAGAACUAGCUUGGGUUACUGAAACAAAACGGAAACUGAUGGCCCUGGGUCCAAUUCGCCUGGAACAGGACCAGACAACAGCUCAGCUGCAGGUACAGAAGGCUUUCUCCAUUGACAUCAUUCGACACAAAGAUUCAAUGGAUGAACUCUUCAGUCAUCGUGGUGAAAUCUUUGGCACAUGUGGAGAGGAGCAAAAGGCUGUGUUACAGGAAAAGACAGACUCUCUAAUACAGCAAUAUGAGGCCAUUAGUCAACUCAAUUCAGAGCGUUAUGCCCGUCUAGAGCGGGCACAGGUCUUGGUGAACCAGUUUUGGGAAACGUAUGAGGAGCUCAGCCCCUGGACUGAGGAAACUCGGGCACUAAUAGCACAGUUACCUCCUCCAGCUAUUGAUCAUGAGCAGCUCCGGCUCCAGCAAGAGGAGAUGAGGCAAUUAAGGGAAUCCAUUGCUGAACACAAACCUCAUAUUGAUAAACUGAUAAAGAUAGGCCCACAACUAAAGGAGUUAAACCCUGAAGAGGGAGAAAUGGUGGAAGAAAAAUACCAGAAAGCAGAAAACACAUAUGCCCAAAUAAAAGAGGAGGUACGCCAGCGGGCCCUGGCCCUGGACGAGGCUGUUUCCCAGUCGGCUCAGAUUACAGAGUUCCAUGAUAAAAUCGAGCCCAUGUUGGAGACUCUGGAAAACCUUUCCUCCCGCCUGCGUAUGCCACCACUGAUCCCUGCUGAAGUAGAUAAGAUCAGAGAGUGCAUCAGUGACAAUAAGAGUGCCACCAUGGAGCUAGAAAAACUGCAGCCUUCCUUCGAGGCCCUGAAACGCCGUGGAGAAGAGCUCAUUGGGCGAUCUCAGGGAGCUGACAAGGAUCUGGCUGCAAAAGAAAUCCAGGACAAACUAGAUCAAAUGGUAUUCUUCUGGGAAGACAUCAAAGCUCGUGCUGAAGAACGAGAAAUUAAGUUCCUUGAUGUCCUUGAACUAGCAGAGAAGUUCUGGUAUGACAUGGCAGCUCUCCUGACCACCAUCAAAGACACCCAGGACAUCGUCCAUGACUUGGAAAGCCCAGGCAUUGACCCAUCCAUCAUCAAACAACAGGUCGAAGCUGCUGAGGUUUUCCAGAAGGAACUGGGAAAGCGAACGGGAACCGUUCAGGUGCUAAAGCGGUCAGGCCGAGAGCUGAUUGAGAACAGUCGCGAUGACACCACGUGGGUAAAAGGGCAGCUCCAAGAACUGAGCACCCGCUGGGACACUGUGUGUAAACUCUCCGUCUCCAAACAAAGCCGACUUGAGCAGGCCUUAAAACAGGCAGAAGAGUUCCGGGACACAGUCCACAUGCUGUUGGAGUGGCUUUCUGAAGCAGAGCAAACGCUUCGCUUUCGGGGAGCACUUCCUGAUGACACAGAGGCCCUGCAGUCCCUCAUUGACACCCAUAAGUCUCAAAAGGCCCAGGGUUUCCACAGUGAAAUUGAAGAUUUUCUCUUGGAACUGACUAAGAUGGAGACCCAACUUUCUGCAUCUAAGCCCACAGGAGGACUCCCUGAAACUGCUAGGGAACAACUUGAUACACAUAUGGAACUCUAUUCCCAGCUCAAAGCCAAGGAAGAGACUUACAAUCAACUACUUGACAAGGGCAGGCUCAUGCUUCUAAGCCGAGAUGAUUCUGGGUCUGGCUCAAAGACAGAACAGAGCGUAGCACUCCUGGAACAGAAGUGGCAUGUGGUCAGCAGUAAGAUGGAAGAAAGAAAGUCAAAGCUGGAAGAAGCUCUCAACCUGGCAACAGAAUUCCAGAAUUCCCUGCAAGAAUUUAUCAACUGGCUCACUCUAGCAGAACAGAAUUUAAAUAUCGCUUCUCCUCCCAGCCUGAUUCUAAACACUGUCCUUUCCCAGAUAGAGGAGCACAAGGUUUUUGCUAAUGAAGUAAAUGCUCAUCGAGACCAGAUCAUUGAGCUGGAUCAAACCGGCAAUCAGUUAAAGUUCCUUAGCCAAAAACAGGACGUUGUUCUGAUCAAGAAUUUGUUGGUUAGCGUCCAGUCUCGAUGGGAGAAGGUUGUCCAGCGAUCUAUUGAAAGAGGGCGAUCACUAGAUGAUGCCAGGAAGCGGGCAAAACAAUUCCAUGAAGCUUGGAAAAAACUGAUCGACUGGCUAGAAGAUGCAGAGAGUCACCUGGACUCAGAACUGGAGAUAUCUAAUGACCCAGACAAAAUUAAACUUCAGCUGUCUAAGCAUAAGGAAUUUCAGAAAACUCUUGGUGGCAAACAGCCUGUGUAUGAUACUACAAUUAGAACUGGCAGAGCCCUGAAAGAAAAGACUUUGCUUUCUGAUGACACUCAGAAACUUGACAACUUAUUGGGAGAAGUCAGAGACAAAUGGGAUACCGUUUGUGGCAAAUCUGUGGAGAGGACAUUUAUGGAGGAGAUGACUCGCAAACAGCCUGACGUGGACCGGGUCACCAAGACAUACAAAAGGAAAACUAUAGAGCCUACCCAUGGGCCGUUCAUCGAGAAAUCCCGCAGCGGCAGCAGGAAGACCCUGAAUCAACCCACACCACCUCCCAUGCCAAUCCUUUCACAGUCUGAAGCAAAAAACCCACGGAUUAACCAGCUCUCUGCCCGCUGGCAGCAGGUGUGGCUGUUAGCGCUGGAGCGCCAGCGGAAGCUGAACGAUGCCUUGGAUAGGCUGGAGGAGGAAUUUAUGAAGAAAGUGGAAGAAAAACGAGUGGAUGUGAAUGCGGCCGUGACGAUGGGGGAAGUCAUCCUGGCUGUCUGCCAUCCUGAUUGCGUCACCACCAUCAAACACUGGAUCACCAUCAUCCGAGCUCGCUUUGAGGAGGUCCUCACAUGGGCUAAGCAGCACCAGCAGCGUCUUGAAACGGCCCUGUCAGAACUGGUGGCUAACGCCGAGCUCUUGGAAGAACUACUGGCAUGGAUCCAGUGGGCUGAGACCACGCUCAUCCAGCGGGAUCAGGAGCCCAUCCCUCAGAACAUUGACCGAGUUAAAGCCCUCAUCGCUGAGCAUCAGUUGAAGGAGUUUGCCAACUUUGACUUCGAUGUCUGGAGGAAAAAGUACAUGCGUUGGAUGAAUCACAAAAAGUCUCGGGUGAUGGAUUUCUUCCGGCGAAUUGACAAGGACCAGGAUGGGAAGAUAACACGUCAGGAGUUUAUUGAUGGCAUUCUAGCAUCCAGUAUAGAUAAGGGGCUAACUUUUAUGAAUGCUGAGGUUCUAAGUAACAUGUUUGAAAAGGUCACAAGACAAGUGGCUCAGUGCAAAUGUGCAAAAAGGUUCCAGGUGGAGCAGAUUGGAGAGAAUAAAUACCGGUUCUUCCUCGGCAAUCAGUUCGGGGACUCCCAGCAGCUGCGGCUGGUCCGCAUCCUGCGCAGCACGGUGAUGGUCCGCGUCGGUGGAGGGUGGAUGGCCCUGGAUGAAUUUUUGGUGAAAAAUGACCCCUGCCGAGCACGAGGUAGAACUAAUAUCGAACUUAGAGAGAAAUUCAUCCUACCUGAGGGAGCGUCCCAGGGAAUGACCCCUUUCCGAUCACGGGGUCGAAGGUCCAAACCGUCUUCCCGGGCAGCUUCGCCUACCCGCUCCAGCUCCAGCGCUAGUCAGAGUAACCACAGCUGUACAUCCAUGCCAUCUUCUCCAGCCACCCCAGCCAGUGGCACCAAGACACCACUUCAGUCCUCUCGCUGUUAUGACAAACCCUGGUUGGUAAACAGUAAAGCUGGCACCCCUGUCAGGGACAGCCACUGUCCUGACCUCCAGCUGCCCAGCCCCGAGAUUACCCCAUCAACAGGCAGCAAAUUGAAACGGCCAACACCAACUUUUCAUUCUAGUCGAACAUCCCUUGCUGGUGAUACUAGCAAUAGUUCUUCCCCAGCCUCCACAGGUGCCAAAACUAAUCGGGCAGACCCUAAAAAGUCAGCCAGUCGCCCUGGGAGCCGGGCCGGGAGUCGAGCUGGAAGUCGAGCCAGCAGCCGGCGAGGAAGCGAUGCCUCUGACUUUGACCUUUUAGAGACGCAGUCUGCUUGUUCAGACACUUCAGAAAGCAGUGCUGCUGGAGGCCAGGGCAGCUCCAGGAGAGGGCUAAACAAGCCUUCCAAAAUCCCAACCAUGUCGAAGAAGACCACCACUGCCUCCCCCAGGACUCCAGUUCCCAAGCGAUAACACUGUACAAGCACCCCCAAGCCUCUGUCCACUUUGAAUCCUGCUCCAUACAUUGGGUGUAUAUUUAUUCUGAACGGGAGAAGUUAUAUUGUUAAAAGUGUAAAAGAAUAAUUGUGUUAUGAAGCUGCCUUAUUUUUUUUUUCUUUUUGUAAGUUACUAUUUUCAUGUGAAUAUUUAUGUAGAUAAAAUUUGCCUCCUGGUAACCCUGUAAUGGAUGGGGCCCAGAAAUGAAAGAAAUAUUUGAGAAAAACAAGUGAAAGGUCAAAAUGUAUUAAAAAAGAAAGAAAAGCCUCUAAAUAGGGUUUCUGUGCAGCGCAGGGUUAUAAACCUGCUUUAUCUUUUAGGAUUAUUCCUAAAUGCAUCUUUAUAAACUUGACUUGCUAUCUCAGCAAGAUAAAUUAUAUUAAAAAAAAUAAGAAUCUUGCAGUGUUUAAGGAACUCUUUUUUUGUAAAUCACAGACACCUCAAUUAGCAAGAACUGAGGGGAGGGCACUUCUAAUUGCUUUUUCCAUUAUUUUUAAUGUUGUGUGAUUUUAGCUGAAGAGAGGGAACCUCAUAUAGGUAACAUUUGCACAUGAUACAGCAAAAGGUCUUCAUUGCAAUACUGUCUUUGAAUACUGUUUCAGUACUGGGUGUUUAAAGGACAAAUAGCUGCUAGAAUUCAGGGGUAAGUGUAACUGUUCAGAAAACGUCCGAACAUUGGGGUUUUUAAGAGUCCUGGUUUGUAACUUCCUAUCCAGCCUGGCCACCAACAGCUCCUGUGCUCACCAGGACCCAGGCCCUUGCCAAGGGGAGAUUCCUUGGUGGCAUUGUGAAUUACAGAUUUGUUUAUCUGCAUUUUUUGCUAUUUAUUUAAAUGGUCGAUCAACUUCCCACAAACUGAGGAAUGAAUUCCACGAGCCUAUUCUGAAAAUGUGGACAUAAAACAAACACUUGCUCAUCCUUUAAAGGAGUUCACCAGCACACUUGUUAACAAGUCCCGUUUGCUUCCGUCUUUUUUUUGUGCGUAAUAAAGUCAACUGACCAAGUGACCAUGAAGAGGGGCUGUCUGGGGCUCCUGUUUUUAGCUGCUGUUCCUCUUCAGCUCCGACCAUGUUGCUGUGUGAUUAUCUCAAUUGGUUUUAAUUGAGGCAGAAACUGAAGCUCUACCAAUGAACUGUUUAAAAACAAGACACUUUUGUAUUAAAAUUGCUUGCAGUAACAAAUAUUUUGUAUUUCCUGAUUUUUCUGCUCAACCAUUACCUUAUAUAUAACAUGUUACUCUGGGAUAUGACUAUGUUUUAGGUACUUCAAUGCAUUAUUCAAAUCAAAAUGUCUUGAUGGAUAAAUUAUGGAUCUUAUUAAUAA